UCUUUGUAGUUUUUGACUGAACGCAACUGUAGAGAACUGUGGCGCUGCGCUGUGUUUAUCACAGGUCAAAGUGUUGCAAGGCGGAAUAAAACCAUGAUUUGUCUGAAUAUGUUGCAUUUCGUCAGGUUUGAAGGUAUCUUACGAAAAAAAACGACAAUUACCGUUUUAAUAGCCGUGAUGGGGUCGGCGUGGGAAUUUAUAAACUGCGCCAGAAAACAGGUAGAGUAAAUAAACGCGACUAAUGGAUUGCCUUUUGCAUAAACAACCUUCAAUAUUUGCAGAACAGCGACAAAUAAAACAAUUGAGCUCGAUUCGAAAGCAAUUAGCAAAAGCACACAGAGUGAGAUUUCUCAAGGGCGUCCUCGAGUACAAGAGAUGAUCUAAACAAUCUUAAAGGAAAAUAGCGGCGGUCCAAGCAAUUUCCGCUAUUUCAGCGCGCCUCACUCCCCCUAUCUGCUAAACGUUAGUGCCGAAGAUAUGACGCGCAGGGAUCUUCCGACUGUAAAAAAGCCGCGUUUUGAUGGACAUUUGGGGGUAUUGGUUGCAGACUUCAAAGACAGCGACCUCAAACCGUAGAGUGUAUCUAUCUCCGUGUUGACAGAUUUUUACAAAGGGUGGCUUAUUUAAAGAACUGCCGCCGACAAAGCAAAAAGAACAUCGGAUCGUCGAGUGCGAAUACAAAUAUGUAUGAUUUCUACUCGACAAAUUUCGGCUAUCAGGCACCGUCCUAUCCCAACCCUUACGCGUACAACAGCCCAGAAAUGAACUCCUCUUGCUCGUAUCGCUUUCCAACUUAUGGAUUCCACGCCGGACCCAUCCACACAACUGGUGUUCCGAGUUAUCAGCCAUGCGAGCGCGUUUCAAACGUCGCAAGAGUAGACGGCAUCAGAAUGGCCGACAACACACCCUCACGGCCCGACUUCUGCACAAAAACGCUUCAGCAUUUUCCUCCCACUCCUCCGCCAAACAUGAACACAGUAAACUGCGCUAAUGAGUUUCAAAAAAAGCAAUGCAUCGACAAGUUACUGGAGGAUAGCGACGAAGAUGAAAAAAUAGAUGGAGCUAAACUGAGUAAAUCAAGAAAAGAAAGAACAGUAUUCACAAAGUAUCAGCUUCACGAGCUAGAGAGAGAGUUUGGCCGAAACAACUACUUGACGAGAUUAAGAAGAUACGAAGUGGCUGUGAGUUUGGAUCUCACCGAGAGACAAGUCAAGGUUUGGUUCCAGAAUCGAAGGAUGAAGUGGAAAAGAGUGCGAGGUGGAAUGCCCCCAAAGAAGUCAACGAGUUUGGACCAAAUGGAAUUAGCAAUUUAUUGAACUAUGGUGAUCUUGAUGAAACGAAUAAUUAUUAUCUCUUACUUAUCGUUCAUUCUUUUAAAAUGUCUCAACCCCUUGGCGUAAAAGUCUAUGCUUUAAACUUCUGAACAGUAUGUAAGGAAAUAGUUGUCAAAUUGAUAGUAACAUUUGUGGUUUUCAUGGCCUCGCUUCCAGCCGUAUAUGGCUUGAUUGCAAUGCAAAACAACGAUGAUCACAUGGUUAAUGAUGUUUUCUUUUUCUCCUAACCUGUCUGCUUACAAUUCGUUAAUUUUAGAAAGAGAGAUUAACUGUUGGUCACUAGAAUUAGAACGAAUAAUACAAAGGAUCUUUAUGAUUUUAGUGUUUUAUUAAUAUUGUUUUGUUUGUAAAUACGAAGUUCAGGUUUUCUAAGGUUAGUUUGCAUCACCAAAAGUAUACACACUCAGUCAGGUCGCUCAUCUGGUUGGCAAGACUAGACUUGGGACAUUAUAGACCAUUUAAUUGAAUUAGGUUUGUUUCCAGCACCUAAGCAUAUGGAUGUGUUAAAUGGUAUUUCCUCUUCGAUUCUUUUCUUUGUAAAAUCAGUGGUAUUGGAAAGCAUCCAGAGUGCAAAGUUAAACUCGGUCUGCGGUUAUACACCGCUUAAGUGACGAACGCAUAAUUCAACAUUCUUCUGUAAAAUUUUAUCUUUCGUUGUUGUGGGUUUAUAUCUUUUGGAAAAAGUCAUUCCAAAGUUUUACUUGAGAUGUGUAAUUGUAAUAGAAUGGCCAUGCACAUAAUACAAGCAAAUAAUUUUAAGAUAUCACGUGGAAACUCUAUGUUGACGCUAUUUAUUGUUUACCUAAGAUUAUUUACAAGAAUACUUUGAAAAAAUAUUUACCUGGAAAAAAUACAACCAGCGUUGAUUGAUACCAUUUAGCGUAUAAUUUGAUAUAAUUCAAAUACCGUUUUGUACAGUGAUUGAAACGAGAUAGAAGAAAUAAAACUUUUAAAAACUUUCUAACAUGAUGCGAGAGUAGUAAAUAUUUAGACUUGCAAUAGAACCCUUUUCAGUGAAAUGAAUAAUUGGGAUGUUGGUUAACGCAGAUAAAAUAAUGAUCAAAGGAAUUCAAGUCUUUCAAAAUUGCUUGUUUUGCUGUUUAUUUUGCUUUUAUACCCGUGUUUAUAUUACAGUUUCAGCCAAUCAGAACACGUCUCGCAUUUCAUCGCGUUAUGAAGACCCCUCAACCCCUAACAGAACCACGACUGAUUUCCCAUAAUAACCCUCCAUGCCCGCGACAUACAGAUGUACAGUUGCACCCCUAUUAAGCGGCCAACGAUUCAAACGGCCACCCCUAUUAGGCUGCCAGUAAUCAAAGUCCAGAUGAGGGCUUUUCUAUCGUUUUUACCUCUAUUAAGCGGCCAGCCCCCUUUAAGCGGCCGCUAUCCAUUUUCCCGAGGGUGCCCGUUUAGCAGGGGUGAGCUGAAGUUAAAAUAUGUUAUUACGACUAUUGCAUUCACGGGUUCAAUAGCCGAUCAUCAAAUUUGUGCCCGGAAUUCCGCGGCAGUUCAAGGAGUAAUAUCACGGUUUUGUGUUAUGUUUCAUGUGCUUUAAUUUUUAUUCUGAUAAAUUAUUUCAAAACCUAACUUCUAAUCAUGAUCAGCCCGAAUUUCUAUAGACUGUGUCUUCUAAUCGUCUUUCAAAACCAUUGUGGCAAGAUAGGCUAGCCAUGAGCCGAUUGUCCUUGUCGACAGCUCAAAAGGUCCAAAAGGAAGAUCUGGAUAGAGUUUACUGACUGCUCAGAAUUGGCCAACCAAGAAGUUGCUCGUUUAUCAACUUACAGCUGUGGUCUGAGAUAUUCAUAAUUAACUGAUGUGGAAUUUUAACUGACAGAUGAGAAGUUGCCAAAUAGUUGUAAAACUGACAACAGACAUUCCAGAACUCUCAUCCAGGCCCUCGAAAAGGGGGUUGAUCCGUCCUCAACCUCUUAUUUUUGCAACUUUGUUGUUUUCACAAACCUGAGGAGAUAAGAAAAAAAAUAUGUAUAUAUGGAACCUUAUAAUAAUAACUUUAUUUAAGUGUCAGGGUAGGUAUUUAGCUUUCAGAAGCUAAUUGGGGACACUACUACGUUACAAUGUAUUGAAAUUUAAAAUGUACAGUUAAGAAUACGAAUUAAAAUUAAUUGGGUACACUAGGAAUAAGUAAGAAUUCAUCCGGUACCUUUGUUUUAUCGUUGUUGGCUUCAUUCAGAGUUGUCAUCACCGCCUAAAAAUGAGUAGCUUUAGUUUGAAGAAAACUAAAUUUCGGUCAAUCGA